AUGUUUAUAUAUAUAUAUAUAUAUAUUAAAUCUAAAAUAAUUAAUAUAUAUAAGUAUAUAAAUCUAUUUUGGAUACCCAAAAUACUUCGGUUCAGAUCGGAUUAGGUUUCAAUUCUUCAAAUACUAAAAUUUGAAUAGUUCGGAUAUUUAAUCAAUUCCAGUUCGUACUUGGUACUACUUAUUCGGAUUGGGAUCGGUUCGAUUCUUCUAAUUCGAGUUUUUUUUGCCUAACCCUAAAUAGUGACAUAAAAAACAAGUAGCAUCAUAUUUUUUAAAAAAUACAUCCGCGGGUCAAAAUCUAGUAUCUUAUUAACUUAGUUAAUUUUCAGAAUAAAAUUUAUAUAUAGUUUGUCAUAACAUUACUAAAUACUAUAUACAAUAGCUUAUUUUAAGUUUUGCCUUAGGCCCUUAGAAAGCUAGGCAAGGCACUGGCCAAGGGGGUCGAUGAUGAGGCAGACUGAAUCGUUUGUUGUGGUGGCUUUUAGCUCUAGUUAUACAAAGAAGGAAAGAAAAAAAAAAGAUAAUAGUGGGCUUUGGUCGACAUUUUUUUGUCUUGCAAUUCGUACUAAUGUAUCGAGUAUUUCUCAUCACAUUCAAAACAUUUUUUUGGUAUAGUUUGUGUGUUUUCAAAAUAUAAAAUUACUUAUAAAGUGGUGAACUUACUGGCUGCCAUUAUCCUUAAUUCAGCUGGUUCACUGUGUUAUGUAUGUGUUACCUUUUUCAUAAAUCAUCGUGAAAGUCGCUGUUGUGGAUUCUUGAUGAUGUUUUGUGUGUGGUUAGUUUAAUAUUCUUUGGCGCUCUUUUUGAUGGAUUUAAAUUGUGUUAACUAGAAUUUUUCAUUAUUUUUCUAGUUUCUUGCGAGUUGUAUUAGUAUAAAGAUAUCCUAUAAGCUGGUUGCUUGCCUAAUCUUUGGUUCUUUGGUAUGAGUCAUAGCAAACCCGUAACAGCUGAAGGCAGCUCACGUGAUAGCUACACAUCAUAAGAUAUACAUUCUAUAAUACUAAUCACAAAAGUCAAAUACAUUCAUAUUUCCAUGCUUGAAUCAUUCCAACGGCUGAGUUGGUAAAUCUUAUUAAGUCUCUAGAAACUUUACAAGCUAGAUAUGAUCAAAUUGUUUUUUUCGUCCUUUAAAGAUUAUGAGAACAUUUCUCUGAUUUGUGGUUCCUUUGCGGCCCCUUUCAUGUAAUUAGUUACGUAAGCUUUAGGGUAUAUUCCCUUUUAAUAACUGGUGUUUAUUGUUUCUAGUUUAUUUCCUCAGAUAAAUCUGAUUUUCUUUUUGAAUUGUUCUGCCAUGGUUACUUCUGGUUUAACCCUAUGUGCGUACAUGUUGUGACGUUUAAACUAGAAAAAGUGGGAGAAGAGUAAAGUGAAGAAUAUGAGCUAAAAGUCAAAAUAAAAUAAAAUACAGCAAAGGGGGCUAAAGAUUACAAAAGUUAUGUUAGUCAUUCUCACGUUCUUUAACGUUUUAAGUAGUGCUUUUUCCUUCCAUAAUUUUCCAAGCAUUAAGUUGCUAGAAACCAUAGAGAAAUAGAGAAUAUUAUUUCUCUCCUCUUCAAAUCUUAAAGGUGAUGAUGAUGAAGAAGCAACCUGGUUUCUUAAACUGUCUUUUGACUUUUCUUUUGUCUUGAUCACUUUUCAGGUAUUUGUCACGUGAGAAGAAGCCAAGCAUGGCGUCUUGGACAUCAUCUGAGUUCCUCUAUGUAGAGAUAAAACCACCAGGUAUUCAUUUCCUAGAACGUUUUAAGCGUUCAGGCAAACUCUCUUUCAAGCAAUAUCAAUGGCUGGUCUUUGGCUUGACCUUCGUCGCCUAUAUCGCCUUCCACGCUACUCGAAAGCCCAACAGCAUCGUCAAAGGAACGCUCUCUAAAUCACCAACCGGACACUUCAAGACCACGGACCAAGGCGGAUGGGCUCCUUUCGAUGGUCCAGACGGAACAGCUCUUCUCGGACAAAUCGACUUGGCUUUCCUCUCGGUUUACGCGGUCGGAAUGUUUGUCGCUGGUCACUUGGGUGAUCGUUUGGACCUCAGGACGUUUCUAACGAUCGGUAUGGUCGGGACAGGAGUGUUCACCGCGCUCUUUGGUGUUGCUUUUUGGGCCAAUAUCCAUAGCUUUUACUAUUUCCUAGCCAUCCAGACAUUGGCUGGAUGGUUUCAGUCUAUUGGAUGGCCUUGCGUGGUUGCGGUUUUGGGGAACUGGUUCGAUAAGAAGAGGAGAGGGGUUAUCAUGGGUGUUUGGAGUGCUCACACAUCGAUAGGGAACAUCGUUGGCUCGUUAAUCGCGACCGGGCUUUUGAAGUUCGGUUGGGGAUGGUCUUUUGUUGGUCCAGCCUUGCUCAUCACGUUUCUUGGCCUUGUGGUUUACCUCUUCUUGCCUGUGAACCCUCCUGCUGUUGAAGCUGAGAGAGAUGGAACUGAAGUUGAUUCCACAAUGAGACUUGGUGACACCAUUACUGAAAGCUUCUUGAGCUCCAGGAUGAGUACUGGUUUCGACAGAAGAGCCGUAGGGUUCUUAGCCGCUUGGAAGAUCCCUGGUGUUGCCAUUUUCGCCUUCUGUCUCUUCUUCACGAAACUUGUGUCUUACACUUUCCUUUAUUGGCUACCUUUCUAUGUAAGCCAGACCGAGAUAGGAGGAGAGCAUUUGUCACAAGAGACGUCUGGAAACUUGUCUACACUCUUUGAUGUUGGUGGCGUAGUUGGAGGAAUCUUAGCUGGAUACUUCUCUGAUCAACUUGAUGGGAGAGCAAUCACAGCUGGGGGAUUCAUCUACUUAACAAUCCCAGCUCUGUUCCUGUACAGAACCUACGGUCAUAUCUCAAUGACAAUCAACAUCAUCCUCAUGUUCACGGCUGGUGUGUUUGUUAAUGGACCAUAUGCUUUAAUCACAACCGCGGUUGCAGCUGAUCUUGGUACUCACAAAUCGCUUAAAGGAAAUGCGAGGGCUUUGGCUACAGUCACUGCUAUUAUAGAUGGAACAGGAUCUGUUGGUGCAGCUAUUGGACCUGUUCUUACCGGUUACAUCGCAGCCAUUAGUUGGGAUGCUGUGUUUUACAUGUUGAUGACCGCAGCUUUGAUCUCUGGAUUGCUUCUUACUAAGCUUAUUAUAACAGAAGUGAAAACUUUGUUGUAUGGAUCAUCUGAAGAGGAUGAAAUUGUUUCUGCUGCUUCUGAACCAAGACCUCCCAUUGAUGUCCUCAUAUGAUAUCAUCACUUGUUUUUGUGUGUGUGUGUGUGUUUUUUUGUUUAAUCUGACGUGUAUUGUGUUGAUGACUUGGUUCUUUUUGUCAUUGUAACAACUUUUUUGUUUAAAGGUUUGAACGAAAACAAUCAAUUCUGAUU